AUGGACCAGAGCGUGGUGGAUCACCCGGUGACCCUCAUCAUCAAGGCCCCCAACCAGAAGUACACCGACCAGACCAUCAACUGCUUUCUGGACUGGACUGUGGGCAAGCUAAAGUCUCACCUCUCUAAAGUCUACCCCAGUAAGCCGUCAACAAAGGAUCAGAGACUGGUGUAUUCUGGCAGACUGCUUCCUGAUCAUCUCCAGCUGAAAGAUGUUCUCAGAAAACAAGAUGAGUAUCACAUGGUUCAUCUGGUCUGUACUUCUCGGACACCCCCAAGUUCUCCAAAACCCAGCACCAGUAGAGAAGGUCACGGAGCUGCAACCUCCAGCAGUAGCUCAGACCGUUCUGGAUCAACUGCUGCCUCACCUACAAACCAAGAAGCUUCAUCUGCAUCUUUGAGCAGUAGUACAGAUGGAGUGAGGCAUCGUAAUCCUCCACAAGCACAAAGCAAUCCCAUACCAAGCCACCAGUUCCCUUAUUUAAUGCAGGGCAGUAUAGGCAACCAGUUUCCAGGCCAAGGUGUUCCUGCUGGAUUUUCUGUGUACCCUGCAUUCAGUCCCUUACAGAUGAUCUGGUGGCAACAAAUGUAUGCACGUCAGUACUACAUGCAAUAUCAAGCUGCUGUUUCUGCCCAAGUGACUUCCAGCACUGAGCCAGUGAGGUCUGCAGUUGGCCAGGCUGUAAACUCAGAUCAUGCUCCUGCAAAUGAGCCUGCAGCAGCACCCAACGUAGCUGUGCAGGAGAACAGGCCUGUAAACCCCAAUGUGCAGAUGAAUGCACAGGGUGGCCCAGUGGUGAAUGAAGAGGACUUCAACCGGGACUGGCUGGACUGGAUGUACACCUUCUCCAGAGCUGCAAUCCUCCUCAGCAUUGUCUACUUCUACUCUUCCUUCAGUCGCUUUGUCAUGGUCAUGGGAGCCAUGCUGCUGGUUUAUUUGCACCAAGCUGGAUGGUUCCCCUUCAGGCAAGAGGGAGGCCAACAGCAGGCAGCCAAUAACGCGGAAGUGAACCACCGGGAUGGGCAACAUGCAAAUAAUCCUGAUCUGGAGGAGAUGGAACGACUUAUGGAUGAGGGGCUUGAUGAAGACAGUGGAGAAGAUGCAGGCGAAGAUGCCAACACAGAGCAGCAGCCUGGAUUCAUGGCUUCUGCUUGGUCCUUUAUCACAACCUUCUUCACAUCACUCAUCCCUGAAGGGCCUCCACAGGUUGGCAAUUGAAGUGGAAAAGGAACUGUGUCAGGCAGCCUCAGUAGCUAUACACAGAAGUGGAGCAGGUUCUAGAGAGUGUUUUAAAUACAGUGCAAUUUCUGGAAAAUUUCUAAUGUUAUCUUUUU